AUGACAACAUCCACACAAAAAGAAAUAAAUAUAUUAUUACUUGGAGAAACAGGUGUAGGAAAAUCUACGUUUAUAAACGCACUCCGUAAUUAUCUUAAAUUUAAAACUCUAGAUGAAGCAUUAUAUGGGGAGAUGGAAUUACUAAUCCCAUCAAAAUUCGUGAUAACUAAUGAAGAUUACGAAGAAACAACUAUAGAACUUGGAGAUGAUUCAAAUGAAAACUUUGAAAAUGUUGGAAUGUCAGCCACUCAAUCAUGUAGAGAAUAUAACUUCAAUUAUGAUUCGAAUACGAUUGUAAGAUUUAUCGAUAGUCCGGGAAUAGGAGAUACCAGGGGAAUUGAUAAAGACAAGGAAAACUUAGAAAAUAUUCUUAAAUUUAUUAGAAAUUAUGAUUAUCUUAAUGGGAUAUGCAUUCUUCUCAAGCCAAAUAUUCCGAGAUUGACAGUAUUAUUUAAAUUUUGUAUACAGGAAUUAUUAUCUCAUUUACAUAAGAGUGCAAAAGACAAUAUCGUUUUCUGUUUUGCUGAUUGCAGAGGAACACUUUAUCGUCCAGGUCAAACAAUACAACCACUUAAAGAACAACUCAAAAUACUUAAACAAAGAUCUAGUGUUGAAAUAAAAACAAACAAAGAGACUAUGUACUGUUUUGACAAUGAAUCAUUUCGGUUUCUAGCUGCAUCCAAAAACAAAGUGCAUUUUGAUGAUAUGGAUCGAGAAAAUUUUGCAGAAAGUUGGAAAAGAUCUGUUGCUGAAUCUGUAAGACUCCUUCAACACCUAGGCUUUCGUAACCCUCAUAAAGUACAAGAUACUUUAACACUCAAUGACGCUAGAAAUGUAGUAUUAAAUCUUGCUAGACCUCUUGCAGUCAUGCAACAGAAUAUUCAAACAAAUGUAAAAAUGGUUGAAGACCAUCAAAACGUGAUUGAUAAUUGCAUUGAAUUUAUUCAGGAACUUAAAAAAAGGUUGUAUAUCCCACGACAAUUUCUUGAACCAAAACAACAGGACAUCCCAGAAUCGGAAAGCUCCAUAAAAGGUUGCAAACAAAGGCUUAAGCAAUUAGAAAGUGAACAAAAGAAGAUAACUGAAAUUAACAUCUGCUUUGCGAAAUUUCUAAGUCAAAAUGCGAUAGUCAUAUUUAAUGAUUCUUAUGCUGAAUACCUAGAACAUUUCAUACAUGAAGAAAAAAUUAAGAAAAGUGCCGAUCCUGCUAAUUAUAAUAAUGAAAUUCUUGAAGGACUUGAAAGGACAAAAAAAGAAUAUUUGGAAAAGAUCAGGAUUAUAAAAGAAGCAAUCGAAACUAGUUAUUCCUCUGAAGAUAAAAUCACUACAGAACAUAUAGAAAGAUAUGAAAAAGAAUUAUAUCUGAUAUUAUUUGAAAAUCAAUGGGUUAACCUAUUGAAAUAUACACAAAUCAGUAUCUAA